AUGGGAGCUUUGGAAUCAGAAACUUCCGGCAGUGCUUCCACUCAUGGUCAUCAUCAACAGCAACAGCAGGCUGAUCAGACAGUUGAGAACGCGGAAGCCGUACAGUUCCCGCCACAGAACCCACAAGCUUUCCCGAUCCCAUCCGAACAUCAGCCAACAAACGACCACCACCAUCAUCAUCGUCAUGAUCAGAUGCAGUACCAUUUGAGACAUGAUAAUCAUCCUUUUCCAACAGACACUUAUCCUACCCCUAGCUCGAAUCCUAUUCCUGCCACUUGCAUGGCUCCGCCUCCGCGUCAGCCGGUACACUACACGGGGCAGCCAAGGAAUGAUAUUCCCGCAAGCAACAACUAUAUGAGCUCUCACCACCAUCACCACCACCAUCAUCAACACCAUCAAGUGCUAACAGCUCCUCCGAUGUUGCAAGGAAACCAUCAGGUUCCGACUGUGCCUUGGACGACUGGGCUCUUCGACUGUAUGGACGACCCUAUGAAUGCUUUGAUCGCGUGUUGCAUUCCGUGCUUGACAUUCGGACAGAUAGCUGAGAUUAUUGACAGUGGCAACACAUCUUGUGCAACGAGCGGACUAAUCUACGGCGCGAUCAUGUGUCUCAUUGGCUGCCCAUGUAUACUGUCCUGCACCUACAGAACGAAACUCCGGAGCAGGUUCAGCCUGGUUGAGUCGGUCGGUCCCGACUGGAUAUCACACUUCCUCUGCGAAUGCUGUGCUCUCUCUCAGGAAUACAGAGAGCUCAAGAACAGAGGACUUGACCCUUCAAUAGGAGCCAAAGUCAGCAGCAGUAUCAAGUUCCCAUGGUGCCUCCGACCAAUCAAACUAUGA